CGUAACUAUAAUUACAACUACAGGAUCAUGUUUAUUUCCCCAGGAAGCCUUCUGGUCUCGUCUGCCCACUUCGGCUCCUAUGUGCUGGGGACUGACAUCGACUCUCACAUCAUACACGGAUGGGGGCGUUCCACGAGACACAACAAGAAAUGGCGGGGUGAAGACGAGAAUAUCCGUGCCAACCUGCGCCAGUACGGACUGGAACACCUGUAUCUGGACGUGCUGGUAUCGGAUGCAGCUCGGAGCGUAUGGAGACCGUGCCAGCUGUUCGACGCUAUCAUCACGGAUCCUCCAUACGGCAUCAGGGAGGCCAGCCAGAGACUCGGGACCAAAGACAACAACUUUGUCAGAGAAGACGAUUGUGAGGUGCAGAGCCCGACAAAGACAGCGUACACCCUGUCCGACCUUCUCACUGAUCUACUGAACUAUGCAGCAAAACAUCUGGUGGUCAGAGGGAGACUUGUGUACUGGCUUCCUGUCUACAGACCUGACUACACAGAAAAGAUCCUGCCCAGACACCCCUGCCUGAGACUAGUCUCCAACUGUGAACAGGUCCUGUCCACUGACAUCAGCAGGAGACUCAUCUGUAUGGAGAAGGUUAGAGACUUCCAGGAGUCAGACUCUGCAGAGAUUGUGGUGAACCCCUACAGAGAGCACAACGCCAUCAGAGACAAGUACCUUCUGCUGGCCAAGGAGAAAAAACUGAAACAACGGACAAAAAAAGACGCACAAACCAAGAAGACAUCUUCAAAUUCACCAACACAGGAAAGCUAGGGGUGUUUUAGAAUUUUACAAAAUGUUU